AGCUUUGAAUUACAUAGUCAUUAGUUAGAAAUAUCAGUAAAAUGCCUCUUGAAAUUAAAGUGAAGACUAAUGGACAUGCAAAUAGGAUUUUACAAGACUUGAACAGAAGCAGAAAGGAAACUCGAGAUCAUUGUGAUUUCAUGAUCAUAGCUGGCUCUGAAGAAAUUCCAGUUCAUAGGAAUAUUAUAUCUGUAGGAUCUGAUUAUUUCAAAGCAAUGCUGGCUCAUAAUAAUGCUGAGACAGAGUCUGGUAAAGUGGAAAUGAAAGAAGUUGAUCCAUUAUCCCUGCAACAAUGCAUAGAUUAUAUUUACACUGGUGAAUUGUCUACUAAUGAUGAAAAUGCUGAAUCUUUGAUGUUUGUGGCUGAAUUACCACAGUUGAGAGAUGUCUGUGAAGGCAUCGUUGAUUCACUUGAAGAAAAUCUCGAAUCAUCUGCAGAAUCAUUCUUUGUGACAAAAAGAAUCGCAAACCUGUACAAUUACAAAGAAUUGAUGCAAAAAUGCGAGAAGUUCAUGCUGGAUAAAUUUGAAGAAAUUGCAGUUCUUGAUGAGUUCAAGGGAAUAGAGGAAAAGGAGUUUGUUAGAUUGAUCAAGUCACAAGAUAACAAGGCAUUAGAGAGUGUCAAGCUAGAGGCGUUGGUAUCUUGGAUAAAACAUGAGCAAACAAAUCGCAAAAAACUUCUGAAGAAAUUGAACAACUACAUUGAUUUGCAUAAAGUACCUGUGACUUAUAGAAGAUUUCUUGUUGAAAACGAGCCAAUGGUGAAGUCAUGCCUGGAAUGCUAUCACUCUCUAUGCAUUUCCAUGUUGGACAGCUUAAACGUUGGUGCCUCAAAUGUUCACUCUGCUUCAAAUAUAAAACAAGAAGAAAAGGAGGCAAUUGCAGUGUUUGAUCGUAAUUCAAAGAGCCUUCAAUGCUUUGAUCCUCGGAAUAAUGCUUGGACGAAAAUGCAGAACACGCCUGGAUCAGAAGUUUAUUUUUCUGCUGUGGCUCUUGGUGACUACAUUUAUGUUCUCGUGAAAAAUCGAUCUGUUCAUCGGCUGAAAUACUCAGAUCAUGAAGCUACUUGGGAGAGAAUGAAUGAUAUGAUGUAUGACCAUGUGCAUUGUCCUCCUGUUGCUGUUUUGCCUGGAAACCUCUACGUUGUUGGUCAUCAAUCAAUUGAAAAGUUUGAUCCAUCAAGCAACAAAUGGGAAAAAGUGAAAGACAAAAAUCUCAACAGUUGUUAUUCAACGGCACUGGGUGCUCGAGGUUGUAUAUACAGCAUUGGUGGAUUAGUAUCAGAUCGUUACACCAACCAAGUAGAAAGAUUUGACCCAACAUCAUCAACUUGGUCAUUUGUUGCAUCCAUGAAUGAAGCAAAAGGAUUUGUCGCAGCCGUUGAAAAUGAAGGAAAUAUAUAUGUUCUAGGGGGAUGUACGAAAAAUCGCUUUUCAACAGUUGAACGAUAUGAUAUUUCAACAAACGUGUGGUCCAUGGUAACUCCCAUGUUAACGAAGCGGAGCUGGUUUAGUGCUUAUGUGAUUGAUUCAAAUAUUUACGCAGUUGGAGGAAGGAACAGUUCACCAGGAAGCAUGGAAAAGUUUGAUUUCAAGAAAGAUCAAUGGGAGAUGAUUGACAUGAAGAACAUGAAUCUGAGGAUACUCGGUGCAGUGAAGAUUAAUUUGAAGUGAUCUGAUUGUAUAUGACAGGGAAUAGUUAGUUACCAUUUAAGGACAUGCUAGGAGAUUAUGUUUGUAUUCUUACUAUUAUGGAAUUGUAUGAUAGAUAUUUGACAUUUAAUAGGUGCUCGUGUUACCACUGAGUAAAUUUUUUAAACUUCUAUAAUGAUUUCUUGCAUUACAUAUCGUAAUUAAUUUAUAUAGUUUUCUUAAAUGUAAUUACUCAAUGACAUUGCCUAGAAACUUCAACUCACUGGACAUAGCUAUGUUUACUACUGAUGUGAAGAAUUUUUUUAAAUGAUUUGUUUGUAUUAAAUACCCUAUAUUUGUUUGUAGCAUUUUUUAUGUGAAUUCCGAUUAUGACAGUGUGUAGUCGGACAGAAUUGAUGCCCAUAUAAAAAACGAUUGUUGGUUGAUGAACAUUUUCACUCCUGCUCUCAGUGACAGGAAAACAGAGUUUAUAAAUCUUACAUUGGCCUUACAUUAUAGUGGGAUUCUAUAUCCUUGUUAUGUGGAAUUUGUCACCAAUAUCAUAAAUCAUUGGAAGCGAGUGUUAUAUAUAGCCAGUGGCCAGUAAAAAUUAAAUUGAUUUAUUAAUUUCUAUUCAGUUUUUAAUGUCAUUCGAUAUUAUCUGGGUAUGAAAUAUUGUCGUGUGCAUUCUUCAAGCGGUUUCUUCAUCAAUUGAAUUCACUUAUCAUUUCUUAAUCAAAAUCCGUGAAUGGAUUGCAAAUCAUAAAUUGAAGUUUAUUUCUGCUUCCAAUAUAUUCGAUGAUGAUUAAUUUUUUUUUCAUCUUUGCUGUAUAUUUUAUCGCAUAUAUGCAAUCAAUACUUUACUACCAUGCAUCUAACGCUGAAUUCAAUUCUUCACUUUUUAUCUGAUUUGAAAAUCCACUGCAUUAUC